AUGGCUACUGGAAACUUGAAGAAGAUGGGUUCCAUUGAUGCUCAGCUCAGGCUUAUCGCUCCUGGGAAAGUCUCUGAAGACGACAAGCUCGUCGAGUACGAUGCUCUGUUACUGGAUCGAUUCCUAGACAUCCUUCAGGACUUGCAUGGCGAGGAAGUCAGAGAAUUCGUUCAAGAAUGCUACGAGGUUGCUGCCGAUUACGACGGAAACCGCAACACGGCGAAGCUAGAGGAGCUCGGAAACAUGCUGACGAGUUUAGAUCCAGGAGACUCAAUCGUAGUCACGAAAUCAUUCUCCAACAUGCUUAGCUUGGCUAAUCUGGCAGAGGAAGUCCAGAUUGCUUACCGUCGCAGGAUCAAGAAGCUUAAGAAGGGAGAUUUCGCCGACGAGGCCUCUGCGACGACUGAAUCCGACAUUGAAGAGACUCUCAAAAGGCUUCUGCAGCUUAACAAGACUCCUGAAGAAGUCUUUGAUGCUCUCAAGAACCAGACUGUUGACUUGGUUUUAACUGCUCAUCCUACUCAAUCUGUUCGUCGCUCUUUGCUCCAAAAGUUUGGAAGGAUUCGUGAUUGUUUGACGCAGCUGUACGCGAAGGACAUUACUCCUGAUGAUAAACAAGAACUCGAUGAAGCUCUGCAAAGAGAGAUUCAAGCUGCGUUUCGCACUGAUGAAAUCCGAAGAACGCCUCCAACGCCGCAAGAUGAGAUGAGAGCGGGGAUGAGUUACUUCCAUGAGACGAUCUGGAAAGGAGUUCCAAAGUUCUUGAGACGUGUUGACACUGCUCUGAAGAACAUUGGAAUCAACGAGCGUGUUCCUUACAAUGCGCCUCUCAUUCAGUUCUCUUCUUGGAUGGGAGGAGACCGUGAUGGAAACCCGCGAGUGACUCCUGAAGUGACUAGAGAUGUAUGCUUGUUAGCAAGAAUGAUGGCUGCUAAUCUCUACUUCUCCCAGAUAGAAGAUCUUAUGUUUGAGAUGUCAAUGUGGCGUUGCAAUGAGGAGCUCCGUGUUCGUGCAGAGCGUCAAAGGUGUGCCAAAAGAGAUGCCAAACACUACAUAGAAUUUUGGAAACAAAUCCCUGCGAACGAGCCGUACAGAGCUAUUCUUGGUGAUGUGAGGGACAAGCUGUACAACACACGUGAGCGUGCACGUCAGUUACUCUCAAGCGGAGUCUCAGACAUUCCUGAAGAUGCAGUUUUCACAAGUGUGGAUCAGUUCUUGGAGCCGCUUGAGCUAUGUUACAGGUCGCUAUGUGACUGCACAUUCCAACACAAACUAAUGGUUUUCGUUAUGUUAAUGAAUCUUGUUGAUUAUUGA